UCUGUGAGCCUGCCACCUAUCCUAGUUCUGGAAGACAGGCCGCCUCGAAGGCUGCAAACACGGGCAGAGCCCAGGCUGGAGACAGUGAGGGUCACCACCUUGAAAAGGACAUGUGGUGAACCUUCCUGAGGCAGUGGAGUUACAAGGAUGUGGAGUUAGUACGGCCAAGCUUGCUCGUCUUGCUACUGUAUUGUGUAAGUUUGACAGGGGGUUGGGGUGGGGAGCAGGAAGAAGGAAACAAAAGGUACUUAUUAUAGUUCAGGAACUAAGAGACAGCCUCUGUCAUUUUCCAUUUCACAAAGUGUUCUAGAAUUUUACCGGUGGUCUUUUGUGACAUUGCCACCAGGUGGAAUGGUGUGCAGAAGACAAAGGCAUGUCAGUGUCCCAUUUCUCAUUUCAUCGGCUAUGAGCUCCAAGGAAGAUCCAUCAUUUCACUGCCAUCAGCAAAGGACCCAUUACCCGUGGUGCCAAGACACCUAACCAAAGGCUGGCCUCAAGAUUAUGCUAAUUAACUCCAGGUCCUGGGUCUCCUGUUGCCUGGUGACAAAGUUUCACAGUUGAGGAGGAGGAACUGGCAUGAACAGGAGCAUAUCUUCUAGCAGUUUCUUGUGACUUUUCCCUCAAACCGAUCACCAACCAAUCAGAACAACACACUCCAAACAUACACCCUUACUAAAAGAACAUGGCCAAGGGCGGGAAAGGCACCAAGGGCAAGAAGAUUACCCUUAAUGUGGCCAAGAAUUGUGUCAAAAUUACAUUUGAUGGGAAAAAACGCCUUGACUUGAGCAAGAUGGGAAUUACCACCUUCCCCAAGUGCAUCCUGAGACUGAAUGAUGUGGAUGAGCUCGACCUUAGCCGGAAUAUGAUCAGAAAGAUCCCUGACUCAAUCUCCAAGUUCCAGAACCUGCGGUGGCUGGACCUGCACAGCAACUACAUCGACAAGCUCCCUGAGUCCAUCGGCCAGAUGGCUUCUCUGCUCUACCUCAAUGUCAGCAACAACAGGCUGACCACCAAUGGGCUGCCUGUAGAACUCAAUCAGCUCAAGAAUAUCCGCACUGUGAACUUGGGUUUGAACCAUCUGGAGAGUGUGCCCACCACGCUGGGUGCUCUGAAGGAGCUCCAUGAAGUGGGCCUACAUGACAACAUGCUGAGCACCAUCCCCAAAAGUAUCUCCAAACUCCCCAAGCUCAAAAAGCUCAACACAAAGCGAAAUCCCUUUCCCAAGACAGAGGAGUCAGAUACAUUCAUAGAUUCCAUCAGGAGGCUGGAAAGCUUGCAUCUGGUGGAGGAGAAGGAUCUGUGUACGACUUGCCUGAGAAAAUGCCAACAGGCCCGGGACAAGCUGAAUAAAAUCAAGACUAUGGCCGCAGCAACACCAAGAAGGGCCAUCUUUUCUAACCUGGUCUCACCCAACUCCAUGGCCAAGGAUUCACAGGAAGAUUGGAGGAUCCGAUCAACAUCUCCCUAGAAUAGCUUUAUGGCAAACCCUUGAAGACUAAUCAGCCAACAAGAACAAACGACUCUGAAGAAGAAAAGCCCUCGGUUAGGAGAAGAAAGAGUGGUAAGGGAAACAUUCUGGAAGCCAGGCUGUCUGGUGCUGGCCAAGAUACUGACUCGCUUCUUAAAUUCACUUUGCCUCUCUUUGAUUUAGACCAUCUGUGUAUGAAAAUGACUUUGGGAAAUACUUAGUGUAUUUUUUUAUGCAUAUAGAGGAAAUGUAUAAAAAAUGAUAGAUAUAAAUUAUAGAAAAUUAAAGUUUUAAAAGAAGACUUUAAGACUUAAAAGACUUAUGGUCUCUACACUUUUUUUGAACUAGUAAAACUCUCUAUGCUAAUCGCCUGUGGUA